ACGACGACGAUGAAGAUGAAGAUGAGGAGGACUUACAGCUUGUUACGGCUUGGCAUAUAACACUUGGCGAAGACUCUAGCUAGAAUUUGUCAUUCGCAAUGAGUUACCAGCACACACACACUGAUACUACUGUUGCAGUAUCGAUAACACCACCCAAAGACCGACUCCAUGGAGAAGAGGAGCAUCAUACCCACUCCUCCCCCCGUCCUCCUCUGUUUCCCCCGUCCAACCCCCUUUUUCCUCCGCACGAUCACCGCCAAGACCUGCCGUGCAUUCCUCCCUCGAUUAUUGUCUUGGCGCAGCGAAGGGGGUAUGAGAGAUGCUGGCUGCUGGCUGCUGGCUGCUGCGCCAUCCUCCUGGCUGUCAAUCUGGCAGAUUUGGGGCCUUGUGUAACCCAUUUUCCAUAAUCCUAACCAAGUAACUGCACUGAAGCCAUGAGAUCCUCCCGAGAUUCCCACGGCGGGCGGUCGAUCAUUCUAUGGUUUGUUUCAUGCAGGAGGUUAAAGUUAUAUGAUUAGACUUUGCC